CUCACAAGAUAGGGAAUCUCCAAGCUCAUUGGAGGAGACAUGGGAAUGAAAGCUGCAUUAAUCGUGGAAACUCGAAAUGACGGAUUCGAUUCCGACGGCGCUCUGUGGGCGAUCAAAAUGGUGGCUUGCGGCGGGCGGCAUCGCCUCUCCUUUCUCCGUGCCGAGAAACGAGAGAUGCUUCUUUUUUGUUGAUUUCCGCAGUGACUUCAACUUUAGAGCUUAGAAAUUUGAGAUGGGAGAGCUCAGCUUUGCUCCGCGAUCAGCCUUUGGUGGUUUCGCUCUAUAAAGAGUUGAAGUAUUCGGUGCCGAUGUUGAGGUUGAUUGAAGGAGGUGGUGUUUGGGGCGCGAAGCCCUAAUUUUUUUUUUUUAAUCCAAAUAUUGAAGCGUCUGGGAUCGUACUUUUGAUAUUUGAAAUGGGGAAUGUAAGUAGCUUCAGAGAAAGUGGAGAGGGUGGAAGCUCGCGCUCCCCAGCAGGGUCAGACGAUCUGAUGGGGCAGAGCCCGCCGCAAAGCCCUAAACGUGCAUCGCAGUCGCCUCUCCUCUUCUCUCCCCAGCUUUUUCUUCAGAUCCCAGUUACUCCACUGCAAAGACAAGAGGAGAUGCAAAGCAAUCAAGGAAUGUCAAAUUCUAGAAUGUAUGAUGAUGUCCUCGAUGAACAGGGGAUUCCAACAAUGAUCAACUGGAACCAUGGAGGCAAUGAAGUUUUUGUGGAAGGAUCGUGGGAUAAUUGGAAGACAAAGAAACCAUUGCAAAUGUCUGGCAAGGAUUUUACAGUCAUGAUGGUUCUUCCUUCAGGCUUCUACCAGUACAGAUUCAUUGUCGAUGGAGAAUGGAAGUAUGCACCGGACGUGCCAUGGAUGAAUGACUAUAUGGGGAAUGUCCACAACAUUUUGGACUUGAAGCCGUUUGUUCCAGAGAACUUAGGAGGGAUUGCUGGCCUUGAAACACCUCAGUCACCAGAGUCAAGCUACAACAACCAGCCCCUUGUUUCGGAGGACUUCAGCAAAGAGCCUCCACUUCUACCUCCGCAGCUCCAAGGCACUCUUCUCGACGCACCGGCCUCCGUUGAUUGCCCUUCCUCCCUUGCAAGGCUUCCCCAUGUGGUUCUAAACCAUCUCUACAUCCAAAAGAGCAGUAGUGGUCAGCCUGUGGUGGCACUAGCGAAAACUCAUAGAUUUCUCUCCAAGUAUGUCACUGUGACACUCUACAAGUCCCUGGCAAGGUGAGGAAAAGAAAGGUUGGUCUGCUUUAGUAAUCCCUGGGAUCGAUACUGAAUAAUUUUCUUGAUCUUGGUGUGAAAAGCCUCGAGCUCUUCCUAGUUUUGUAUUUUUGGGUAACAUGAGAUUACAAUUUAGCUAUGACAGACUGAACACACUUGUACUGCAGAUAAAUCAUCAAUUGUCCUUGUGUUGAUUUUUUUCUUCCA